UUUUGGCUCUAACCGCUUGUUCUCAUUGUGAGAGAUAGUAAAUACUGACACUGCCAUACAAGCCGAGCACAUAUUUCACCGCGCGAAUUAAAACACGUUCACCUGAGGUGAUAUCAACUAGCAAUGGCCCGUACUAAGCAGACUGCUCGUAAAUCCACAGGAGGAAAAGCUCCCCGUAAGCAGCUAGCGACCAAAGCUGCCCGCAAGAGCGCACCCUCUACUGGAGGAGUCAAGAAACCUCAUCGCUACAGGCCCGGUACUGUGGCUUUGCGUGAGAUACGUCGGUAUCAGAAAUCCACUGAGCUGCUGAUCCGUAAGCUACCAUUCCAGCGUCUGGUUCGUGAGAUUGCCCAGGACUUCAAAACUGACCUACGCUUCCAGAGCGCUGCCAUUGGUGCACUGCAGGAGGCCAGUGAGGCAUACCUGGUCGGUCUGUUUGAAGACACUAACCUGUGUGCCAUCCACGCCAAGCGUGUUACCAUCAUGCCCAAAGACAUCCAGCUGGCACGCCGCAUACGCGGAGAGCGUGCUUAGAUGCUCCCUUUCUAUUGGCCUCUUUAUUUCUUUCCGUCUCUCCACUUGUUCUCCUCCUGCUUUUCUUGGUAGAGUUUAGAAUAUCAGUGAUGGGGAGUAACUGUGUCUCAGUCUGCUAGUGCUGUCUAAAUGACACGUAGGGUAAUUAUAUGUGCAUGUAACAGGUGCUGCUGAUCACACACACCCACAUACACACACAUAUACACUUACACACACACACACACAUACUCUUAACACAUUCACAUUGGGAGUGUAAUUGAGGUCCACUCAUGCCCAGCUUGGGCCACAUAUUCAACGUGUGUAAUGAGAGUGAGUUUUCCCCCACACACAUUCUUCACUGUUGUGAAAGAAGAACAGGGUGGUAUCUGAGGUCAGUCUGCUUAAGGGGAGCGGAAAACUUCCACAGCAGGGUGCUACUAAAACUGCCUCAGUCCACCUUUACUGAAUCCUAACCUUUUUCUACCUUAAAACCCCAAAUUGCUUACCUUUUUAACACUUCUAAACCCUAGACCUGUCCAAGUCCUUCCUCUACCUGUCUUGCCCUUACUUGUCCCCAUCUGUCCCGUCAUAGUGGAGGUGAGUGUGGGGUUGAACUUGUUCUCUGUGUGAGUGUCUGUGGGUAAUGUAAUCAGCAAAGCAGAAUCGUAUUCAACUGCAAAUCAGCAUCUAUUGGUUAAAAGAUGUUACUUGUAAUAUUGAUUAUGACUAUUAUUGUUGAUAUGGUGUCUUUUUUUUCUUCUUCUUUUUUACAAUGUGUACAUCAGUUGUUCUUACCACUGUUAGAGGAAAAAAAAAGUUGAAUCAGUUUGAAUUGGUCUUAUUAUUUUAUUUGAUUGUUUUUCAUAAUGUAUUAGAAAGCCGAUCCUGCUCCUCCUGUUAUAAAUUCAGGCAGCCACAGGGGGGCGCUCUAAACCAGCCUCUCAUUCAUCCUCACUGUUCAACAAACAUCCUACUCGUGUCUUUUUCCCUCUCUAUUUCUGUCUCGCGUUUCCUCUCUUUCAGUUACACUUUUGUCAGUUUAAAGAUCGGCAGUAGAGUCACAAAGUGUAAUAAAUAAUCUUUAUGUUUAGAACUGUAGUACUGAGUCUUUCACUUUGUUUGGAUAGAACUUUGCUCCUUCCCUCUGGAGAUACACAAUGUAACCUCAUGUCUGUGCUUUUUUUAUUAUUAUUAUUAUUCGGAAAUUUAAAUAAGCUGAUCUUUGUAUUUUCCAAACUUAUCAUAUACUGGUGGUAAUAAAUAGAUGUUACACAAA